AUGCUACAGGCACACGAGCACGAGAACGAGGUCGAGUCUCAGUCGGAAGGGACCAUGCAGGAUGCAUACACCUUUUACUUCAUGCAGCUGGCGUGCCUUGCAGCAAAAGUGCGGCAGCCGGUAACGUGUCUUGCUGUGACACCCCAUUCGGUCCUGAGUGGCUCGGACGAUUCCAACGUGCACCUUUGGAGUCUUGCGCAGCUCUUGGAGCUUGAUCCCAUCGCAGAGCAAGCUCCGGAGCGUACCUUAUCAAACCACAGGGCAGCCAUCACGGCUCUCGUGGCGAGUUCCGGCGCAGAGGGCGGAUCAAGCGCCACAGAUUCAACACUCUGCGUUUCGGCCAGUAAGGACAAGACCUGUGUCAUAUGGAACUACCGCACCGGUCUUCCGUUACGAACACUCCUAUUCCCGGCCUCUCCGCUCUGCCUCUCUCUAGACCCUUGCACGAGGGCAUUGUGCCUCGCGGCCGACGAUGGCUCAGUCUAUCUGGUCGAGUUGUUCGGCGAGCCUGCACCGCUGCUGGGACCCCAUGCUGCCGAGGCCGCAUCGACUGUGGUGCAGGUGACAUCGCCUUUUGGCAUGGCACCUCCAGAGGCCGGACCGGCGUCGUGUCUGGCGACGAGCUACGAUGGCACGGUUCUUCUGUCUGGACAUGCAAAAGGAAAAAUUCUUCAAUGGAGCCUAGCAGACAACAGCCCGCCUACCGAAUUAGCGGAUCUCAAUGCUGCCGUCAGCAAUUUAGUUUUUGUGUCCCCACUGCCGUCAUCAACUUUCGGCCAGUCGACGACAAAAACGCCUACCAUCGUGAAACCUGCCGCCAACGCCGACAAGACUUAUGCUUUCACGGCGCAUUUCAAUACCGAUCUCGGUAGUUCUACUGUGCGGAGCAGGUUUGACAAAUUGAUGAACACGCCUGGGUUCUCCGAGGAUGUGCUGAAGCAGGCAAUUCUCGCAUUCCAGCAACCAUCUGCUACUGUGACAGCGGCAGUAGCGACCAAUGGGUCAUCGGAUGACGGAAACGAAGUGGACGAGCUACGCCGCCAGAAUGAAGAGCUGCUGCAGAUAGUCAACGAGCAAAAAGCUCUUUACAAACAGGUUCUGCAGCGCCAAGACGGGGCGCAGAGCUAA